UGGACAAUACUUGAAGAAGGGACAUUUCCCUUCCACACCACUCUCUCCACUUCCCUCUUCAAAGUCACGAGUUGGCCUGGAGCUGGAUCUCAGGUUGCCAGGACAGUUAAAGCAUUAACUUAGCCUUCCAUGGAGCUGCCUUACUACCACGGCCCGCUAACCAAGCAAGAGUGUGAAACCCUGCUCCUCAAGGGCGGGGAGGAUGGCAACUUUCUGUUAAGAGACAGCGAGUCGGUACCAGGAGUCCUGUGUCUCUGCGUCUCGUUUAAGAAGUUUGUCUACACCUACCGAAUCUUCAGAGAGAAACAUGGAUAUUACAAGAUACAGACUGUGGAAGGGGCACCAAAACAGAUCUUUCCAAACCUAGAGGAACUAAUCUCCAAAUUUGAAAAGCCAGGUCAAGGACUGGUGGUUCACCUUUCAAACCCAAUAACGAGAAAGAUCUCCUGCCCAAGAGGAAGAAGGAUGACGUUAGAGCUGAAUGUCUAUGAGAAUACUAGCGAGGACUACGUGGAUGUCUUGCCUUGAAAACAAGAACACAGGAGAAAACAAGCUGGCGGGAAGGUGGUAGAGCUCUCGGCCGCCACCACCUCUGCAAGUGUUGAUUGAAAGCGCCAGUUUCUAGCGGGCCUUUGAGACUCCUCUGAUCUGGUAGCAGGAUCUUCUCUACUGAAGCCUUGGAGAAGUCCCUUCCCACAUCCCGGCCUUCAGGCACAGAUCAUAAGAAGUUCCAAAGCCACCGCUCACCUGUCACUCUCCUAUUUUGGGAUUGGACAGCCAGAAUCCAGUCUCCUGACUGGCUGGUCAGAGGCACCGCCACUGAUCCUGGCUGGCAACAUCUAACAGGACAAUGGGAAGCACUGCUUCAUCGAGAGGGAAGAAUGCUCUACAAUGACUCCAGAGUCCCCGUCCCAUGGUUGUAUGACUUUGGACAAACCACCCUUUCUGGUGUGGUUGAGUGGUUGAUACACACUAACCUGGACCCUCUGUUGAGCCUGGUUGUCCCGGGUGGAGCAGGGGUCUGAGCAGAGGAAUUAAGAUCUAAGGAUACUGAAGAAGCAAACAUGUCCUCCACCUGUCUUGGUCUUGAUGAGGGCUGUGACCCACCCGUGGUUCCUUUCCCUUCAGUUUGGGCUAGAUUGACUUCCUGCCAGACAUUCCUCUGGCCACAGUUUUUCCUGAUUUUUCUGAAUUCUAUAUAUGCAGCAAUCACUUUGACAUCUCUACCUUCUGAUAAACAGGAUAAAAAUAUUUAUUUUUUAAUAAUUUUGUUGGUUAGCAUACAGAGAAAUGGGUUUCAUUCUGACCUUUUUAUACCUUAAA